AUGACAAAAGCCACUCCUGAGAAGCACCGAUCGGCACUCUUUCACCUCCAAAAUGGAGAAUCUACCUGUUCAGUUGCUGAGAAACUUGGUCUGAGCAAGUCUACAGUGUCUUGCAUCAGCAAAAGUGCCUCUGCUGAUGCUCCAAAGUCAAAGGGGGGCCAGCUGAGAAAACUCCAGCCUCAUCAUGCUCACUUCCUGGACCACUAUUUUGAGCUCAAUUCAAUGUCCACAGUCAGGAAAGCAUGUCAUGCACUGCAGGAGACAUUUCACAUCAAAGCAUGCCCAACAACAGUAAGAAAAGCACUUCAUUACUGUCAUUACAAAGCACAAAGGUUAGUGAAUAAACCAAAGCUACUCAAGAGGCAUUACAAAGCACAUCUCAAAUUUGCAAAUGAGCACAAGGACAUGACUGUUGAGGAUUGGAAGAAGGUGGUAUGGUCCGAUGAGACAAAGAUCAACUUCUUUGGACCAGAUGGGAAGCAGUUCUGUUGGAUUAAGAACACUGGCUUCAACAGCAAGCUUGUCAGGCCAACAGUCAAGUUUGGCAGUGGCUCCAUCAUGAUCUGGGGCUGUAUGACAUGGGAAGGGGUUGGAGGUAUAUGCUUGGUGCUGGGAUCAAUGAAUUCAGACCAAUACAUUGAUAUCCUGAAUGACAAGCUUUUGAAAACAAUCUCAGAUUUGCAGCUUCAGCAUGCAUACACCAAUGUCAUGUUUCAGCAAGACAAUGACCCGAAACACAUGUCAAAGAAGACAAAAAUGUGGUUGGAAGGCAAUAGCAUUAAGGUUAUGCAAUGGCCAGGGCAGUUGCCAGACUUGAACCCAAUUGAACACCUCUGGCACCAUCUCAAAAUGUGA